ACAAGUGCGUCUCUCCGUCUCUCCAGCAUUCAAUCGCAAAAGAAGAAUGAGUAACAAGUUGCAACCACCCACAUCCCAACCGCCACCUUCCCACGCCCUAUACAAUCCACGUUUGUCUCAACAAUGCACGCACAUGUGCAGACGUAUUCUUCUGCUAAAUUUACCUCACACACAUUUCCAUUUCGAAUAGCCUGCUGCAACCUCCCAAAUCCCAUUCCGACUUCACUCCGCCGCAUACCUCCUUCCGAGUCUUUCUACGUUGCCACACAUACAUUUAGCACCGUGUCACCGCUACCAGCAUGUUCUCUUGGGUCAGAAACACGCCAAUAUCUUAACAUGAAACAUCUCUGAAACAGCACCGCCCUCUUCUAGUCGGAAACAUGUCGCAUUCGCGACACGAUAGCGUGUCGCAUGGCAUCAUUAACGCU